CCAAACUCUCCACACAGGUCCGGAUUCCGGACACACCGCCGCAGUCCGCCGGUGCACUCCGCCGCCGAACGACCCUUCUCCAGUGCUCCACGCCUCCGCCGGAAGAUGCCAGAGCAACAAUACUCAAAUUGAGAUCUAUGCAGUGGACAGCUCACCAAGUAAAGAGCAUUGAGAAGGAUAGGAGAAGAGCUGUUUGCCACAGUGUUGAAAAACGCAACACUCCCUUUGUGUUCUGUGCCAAUUAGCAGGGGGGAGAGAGCAUGAGCGCUGCAGAGCUGCCAAAUAGGGAAGUUAAUGUGUUGAGAGGACACGAAGGAGCGGUUCUUGCUGCUAGGUUCAAUAGCAAUGGCGAUUAUUGCCUGAGCUGCGGGAGGGAUCGAACCAUCCGACUAUGGAAUCCUCACCGCGGAAUUCACAUCAAAACGUACAAAUCUCAUGGCCGUGAAGUCCGAGACGUCCAUGUCACUCAGGAUAACUCCAAGCUAUGUUCAUGUGGAGGAGACCGACAAAUCUUUUACUGGGAUGUCUCAUCUGGUCGUGUAAUUAGAAAAUUCAGGGGCCAUGAUAGUGAGGUGAAUGCAGUGAAGUUCAAUGAUUAUGCUACUGUGGUCGUGUCUGCGGGAUAUGAUAAAUCUGUGCGUGUCUGGGACUGCAAAUCCCACAGCACAGAACCAAUUCAGAUUAUUGAGACAUUUCUGGAUAGUGUCAUGUCAGUUUGUGUGACAAAAACUGAAAUAAUUGCUGGAAGCGUUGAUGGUACUGUGCGAACAUUUGACAUUCGAACUGGUAGGGAAAUAUCUGAUAGCUUGGGGCAACCGGUGAACUGCAUCUCGCUGUCUAACGAUGGGAAUUGUAUACUUGCUAGCUGCCUCGACUCAACCCUUCGACUCAUGGAUAGGUCUACUGGUGAACUUUUGCAAGAAUACAAGGGACACACUUGCAAGUCUUCGAAAACUGAUUGCUGUCUCACAAACACCGAUGCACAUGUGAUUGGUGGUUCUGAAGAUGGGUUCGUUUACUCCUGGGAUCUGGUCGAUGCAUCUGUGACAUCCAGUUUCAAAGCUCAUUCUUCUGUGGUAACCAGUGUAAGUUAUCAUCCAAAAGAUAGCUGCAUGAUAACUUCAUCUGUGGACGGGACAAUCCGAGUUUGGAAAACUUGAAAGGGCAAAUCCAAAACAAAAAAAAAAACAAAAGAACUGCCGAUUCUUGGGCGUUAAUGUGGUUCAAAUGAAGGGAAUCCCUUCCAAAGCACGGGAAUUGAAUGGUCGAAGCGUUACAGCCAACAAUACCUGCAACUGGAGGCAGGUAAGAAGAGAAGAGGUUAAUUGAAGAAUGAUAAAGAGCUCCACUGCAUCUCUUAUUUGAAUUACUAUAAUAAUUUAUGCAAUAUUGUUCUUAGAUACAGCUUUGGUGGUCAAUUUGGUCAAGGGGAGUGGAGGCUUAUUAUAUGUUUAA